AUGAAUGGAGAAACAAAUGGGACGCCAAACUCGUUGAGCCACCAUGAAGAGGUGAAUAAUUUGGGCGACAUAAGUUGGACAAAAAGUGAGGACCGAGAAUUGAUGGUCGGAGGAGAGCUGGCGACCGAAAACGAGUUCGUAAACGAUCUGGAUGGCGGCUACGGGAGCCUACGCCAACUGAGGGCUCACGGAGCCAAAAGAGACAUCGAGACGGAAGGAAUAGAAACUGACUGUGGUGUUGGCAGAAUUCGCGGCGAUGGAGGUUGGGCGCCCUGGUCGAGGCGAGUUGCAGUAAAGUCGAAUGGUCGGCGACACGCCCGUUUUUUGGACAGUUUCUAUGAUGUCUGUUCGCCAGAAUCCGCAGUCAGACAAGGCAAUUAUUUUCUCAAGCAAGAAGAGACCAAAACAGGACCGCGAUGGGCCUCAGCCGGGCUCUGCAACCAGGUUAGAGCAAAUAAAAAGGCAACAACGAAAGCGCAAUCAAACCUGCCGCCAAGGCGGGCACAAAGUGAUUAUGCCGGUGAAUAUGGCGACAAUGGCACCACGAGGUUUUGGAGGAAGGAAACUCCCAGAGCCACACAAUGUAAGAUGAAAUGGGUGACCUGGCAACCACCGGACGGUGUUAAGAAACCAGGUCGUUGGUCAGCGGUCGAGAACAGAGCAACAAGUGAGUGA